CUCAAUGGCAAAAAACUGGAUCCUGGUGGCUGAAAAACAGGAGAGGAGGAAAAACCCUCCAGCCCAGACCCACCUGCAGGCUGUGACACCCCAGAGCCAUGUCCUUCGCGGAGAGCACGGACAGCACCUCCGAGAAACCCGUGUCCAUCCUUUGGGGGUGCGAGCUGAGCAGGCAGAAGGACUCCUACACCUUCCAGAUGCCCGAGGAGUGGCACUGUGAGCAGCAGCUGGCCCUGCGCACGGUCUGCCUGGGGGAGUCGGUGCCGGAUGAGUUCCACGUGGUGGAGAUGGUGGCAGAGGAGGGCGAUGCCCAGACCCGGGUGCUCCUCGCCACGCUGAAGCCAUCGGUGCUGCCCAUGACCACGCUGGUGGGAGUGGAGCUGACUCCCCCCAUCACCUUCCACCUGAGAGCCGGCACCGGGCCCGUCUACAUCACCGGCCAGCACAUCACCAUGCUGAGCUCGGAUGAGGAAGAGGAGUCAGAAGAAGAGGAAGAGGAGUCCCCUCAGAAGCCCCCCAAGGGCCAAAACUCCCGGAACACCGGCGGCGCUGCCAAGAGGAGGCUGGAGAAGGAGUACGAGCGCAGGAAAAGUGCCAUCCCUGAGAAACCCCUCCCUGCCAAGGGCCGUGGAGCCGGGAGGGGCAGGAAAGCAGCGCCGAAGAAAUGAUGGGAUGUGGGGCAGAGCCCGGCCAGGUGUGGGAGAGCCCCAGAGCAGCUCUGGUGGUUGUUGUCGUUCUUCAAAUAAAGGAUAUUUCGC